CAUUGGAACACCACUUUUAAAAUCACUUUUUAACAACUUUCAUUUAAUUCGUAAUAAAAAAAAAAAAGCAUUCUUGCAGCUUUUUCUUGUGAUCUCAUCUCCAAUCUUAUAUUAUUCCCCUCACAUCUCAAUUCAAAAACGCUUCCUCUCUCUCUAAAUCCAGUCAUAGAUUCACCCACCUCCUCCUCCUUCUCCGCCGCCGCCGCCGCCGCUGCUGUCAGCAACACCCGUUAAUGAAGAAGCAGCAAAAGAUUCAGCACCGAUCCCCGUCGAGAAAAUCGCCCAGACUUUCUUCUUCGACUCAAGUUUCAGCCCAAACAAAACCCGGAAGCAAAGCCCGACCCGGAAAUGCAUGGGCCCUGUCAUUGCACGUGGUGGAUCAGCCACCAUUGGAAAUCCGCUACCCUUCUCCCGGAGAAGACAAAUCCAUCCGCAGAUCUUCAAGGUUUACCACUAACAAGUACAGAACACCGCCUCCCAAAUCCAAUAGAAGCAGAGGCGAGACAAAAGCGCCACCUGCAUUGGCCGUAUCUCGAUUGAGGAAGUCGCCGAGAUUCUCUCCUUCUCCGUCAUCUCCGCCGUUGACUUUAACGGACGGUAAGAAUUUGGGUUUGGGGAAAGAGGGUUCCAAUAAACGGCGUCGUUCUAUCGAGGGUGAACAAGAUGGGGGGCGAGGUGGGAAGAAGGGCAAAUUGGGGCCAAUUGAUGGGAGUUUAAGGAGAUCGUUGAGGCUGAGUGGGGGUAAAAUUGGGAAUUCGCAGCUCCAUCUUCUCUCACUGCCUGAACCGGGUUCGAAAUCUGCGAGUAGAGGCUGUUUGACUUCAAGCGCGAGGUGCUUAAGAUCGAAAACUGUGCUAACACUUGUCGAGGAUGAGAAAGCGAAGGUCGACAAAAUUCGUGCCGAGAAAAAUGGUGGUGAAUUAAGUACAAGUGGGAAGUGCUUAAGGUCGCGUGUAAUCGAGCGUGAUUUAAUCGAAUUGGAUGAAGUUUCGGAGAAGAGGGUUGCGAGUAGUGGUUCGAGGGAGCUGCGUUCGUUAAGGUCGAGAACUGUUACAAUGCCUGUGGGGAGAGAGAAAGAGAAGGCUGUUAAUAGUUCGGCGAAGAAAAAUGGUGGUGAAUUAAGUACAAACGGGAAGUGCUUAAGGUCGCGUGUAAUCGAGUGUGAUUUAAUCGAACCGGCCGGAGUUUCGGAGAAGAGGGUUUCGAAUAGUUGUUCGAGGGAGCUGCGUUCGUUAAGAUCAAGAACUGUGACAAUACAUGUGGAGAGAGAGAAAGUGAAGUCGGAUAAUAGUUUGCACGAGAAAAACGGCGGUGAUAUGAGUGUGAGUGGGAAGAAUUUGAGGUCUCGAGAAACAGAGUACCCUUUGAUUGAGUGGCAUGGAGAUUCCGAAACUACGAAUGUAAAGAAGAAAGGUUUAAAAUCAAGAGCUGUGAGAAGGGAUUUACAGAAAGAAAGUGUGGAGAAAAGUGCUUCUGUCAAAAGCUCUUCGCCUCCGAAAAGUGAUUCUGCUUUGGGAAAAUCGUGUUAUGUGAAUGAAGAUGAAAUUGAACCGAAGAAGGAGAAGGAAAUUAUAUGCUGUUUUAUAGGGGAGCCAAUUCCCGAAGACGAGGCUCAGAAAAGGUGGCAGUGGCGAUACGAAUUAAAGAGCAAGAAAACGGGCGAAAGCUGGAAAAUAAAUGCCGGAGAAGAAGACGAGAUCAUACUGAACGUGGAUUGCCAUUAUGCUCAAGCCAAAGUCGGCAGCGGUGUUCUUGAAAUCGGAGAUUGUGUAUUUGUAAAGGGCGAGGGAAUCAAGAAACACAUAGGCAGAAUCUUGGAAUUUUUCAGAACAAUGGAGGGCGAGGAUUAUUUCAGGGUUCAAUGGUUUUUCAGAGCUGAAGAUACGGUUUUGAAAGACGCUGCUUCAUCGCACGACAAGAGGCGCUUGUUCUACUCAACCUUAAUGAACGACAACUUACUAGACUGCAUCAUUUCGAAAGUCAAUGUCGUGCGAAUACCACCUGCGUUAUGCACAAAAUCAAACAGCAAUCAGUCGGCUGCUUUUUACUAUGAUAUGGAGUACUGCGUCGAAUAUUCGACAUUUCGUACCUUGGUUCCAGAGACUUCUACAGAGAGCCAAUCAAUAUCGUUGAACACGAAGCACUCGGACGAGGAGCCAAUUACUUUUUCGCCCUUGGACAUUUUUCCCAAAAACGAGUCUUUGAAACAAGAAUUAACAUUACUAGAUCUCUACGCUGGAUGUGGUGGAAUGUCCACUGGACUGUGUUUCGGUGCAAAGCUUUCUAAUUUAAACCUCGUCACGAAAUGGGCUGUUGAUUUGAAUAGCUCCGCAUGUGAAAGUUUGAAACUGAACCACCCCGAAACCAAAGUCAGAAAUGAAUCUACCGACAAUUUUCUAGAGUUAUUAAAGCAAUGGAAGAAACUGUGUAAGUUGUAUGUGGGUGAUUUAGAAAGAGCACUCGACUGCGAAUUAGCGGACCCACACGAAUCUGAAAACUGCACAGCUCAAUCGGAUAGUGAUAGCGAGGAAUCUUCCGAAGAAUAUGAGGUCUCCUUUCUAGUUGAUAUUUGUUACGGUGAUCCGAACAAAAACGGAAAAUGUGGGCUCCACUUCAAGGUACGUUGGAAAGGGUAUGGCCCAGAUGACGACACAUGGGAACCAAUCGAAAGCUUGAGUAAUUCGAAAGAUUGCAUAAAGGACUUUGUUCGAAAAGGAUUCAAAUCCAAAAUCCUACCUCUCCCCGGCGAUGUCGAUGUCGUAUGUGGUGGCCCGCCAUGUCAGGGCAUUAGCGGUUAUAACCGCUACCGAAACUUCGUCUCCCCAUUGACCGACGAAAGAAACCGCCAGAUCAUCGUCUUUAUGGACAUAGCCGAGUUCUUAAAGCCCAAAUACAUUCUCAUGGAAAAUGUGGUCGACAUCAUAAGGUUUGACAAUGCCUCUCUUGGUCGGUAUGCAUUGAGCCGUUUGGUGCGCAUGAAGUACCAAUCGAAGCUAGGCACUAUAGCCUCCGGUUGCUACGGCCUCCCUCAAUUCCGCCUGCGUGUCUUCAUUUGGGGGGCCCACCCUAGAGAAACGCUCCCCCGUUUCCCGCUCCCCACUCAUGAGGUUGUCGUGAGGAAUUAUCCGCCGCUUGAGUUCGGGAGGAACAUCGUCGGUUACGAUGAGGGCCAACCACGCACCCUCGAAAACCCCAUAACUCUAGUUGACUCAAUUUCCGAUCUCCCGCCCGUAACAAAUGAAGAAACCCUAGAGGAAAGAAUCUACGAGAAGCCUCCGGAAACCGAUUUCCAAACCUACAUACGUUUAACGAAAGAUGAAAUGAUGGGCUUUUCUUCAAAAGAAAAGCCAACUCCGAUUUUGUAUGACCACCGGCCGUUGAAGCUCUCGGAGCACGACUACUUGCGGGUCCUACAAGUCCCCCACCGGAAGGGGGCCAACUACCGGGACUUCGCCGGAGUGAUCGUCGGAGAAGACAACGUGGCCCGAAAAGAUCCGUCGAUGGAGGCGGUGAUGCUCCCGACGGGGCGGCCGUUGGUGCCGGAGAGCACGCUCACGUUCGAGAACGGUAGAUCGAAGAAACCCUACGCGAGGUUGUGGUGGGACGAGACCGUUUCGACCCUCGUGACUUUCCCUCACGUCAGGGCUCAGGCGAUCUUGCACCCGGAGCAAGAUAGGCUCCUCACCGUACGAGAGUGCGCGAGGUUGCAAGGGUUUCCGGAUUUUUAUAGGUUUUGUGGGACCGUUAAGGAGAGGUAUUGUCAAUUAGGGAAUGCGGUUUCGAUUCCGGUGGCGCGGGCUUUGGGAUAUGCACUCGGAAUGGCUUACCGGAAGGUGGAGGUGGCCGGAGAUGAACAUUUGAUGGUUUUGCCAGAAAAGUUUUCGUCUCGGGUGCCUUCGGUUGAUGAAGUAGUUGAUUUAGGUUAGGUUAUGCUUAGUUCUUGAAAUUGGUGUAAUAUUUGUUGUAUGUUGUUUGUUGUAACCUUAUUACUAGGUUCAUUUGCAUAGAGCUUUGAUCCAUUGAUGUAUGUAUGUAUUAUUGAAUUAAGUUUGUAUUGUUAACUUAUGAAA